GAAUUUGACGCCCAAGAAGACGCCAAAUUUCACAAGCAAGGGAAAUCUCCAGCUUGUGCCCCCAUGGAAGGCCAGAUCCUCAAGUUCACCAAUGUGGUCAAGGGUUUCCAGUAUCGAUACUUUGUGCUGGACCCAGACUCGGGCAUGCUCGAGUACUUUGAGAAAGAGGAACACAAGAAACAGAGGCCUAGAGGUUCUGUGCAUUUAGCGGCGGCAGUUGUCUCACCUUCAGAGGAGGACUCUCAAACCUUCAUUGUCAGCGCCGGAAAUGGCGAAGUCUUCAAGUUGCGAGCUGCUGAUGCUCGCACCAGGCAGCUUUGGGUGGAUCGCAUCCGCUCUACUGCAGAACAUCAUACAAGCAACCUUUCUCAGCUCCCACCUCCAAACUUAAACUUGACUCCCAAAUCGACGUCAAGCCUGAGUGGUCAGACAAGGAGGAAAGAGUCAUUACGGCGCACAAGAGGCUCACACGAGAGUCUGCCGAUUUCGAAAAAAUCUCCAAGAAAUGGAUCAUUCCAAGAACUUCAAGAAUAUUUCAUGGAAGCUGAGGAUUUCUCCAAGCAUCUGGAUGACAAGAUUUCUGCACUACCCAGCUCAGGGGAAUACAUGAACGCACUAGAUGCUGAUCUUCUGCUUCUCAAGGCAACAUCUGCAGCGACGCUUCAUUGCAUCCAAGACUGUAUCAACAUUCUACAAGUAACAGAGGGCAGUGAGGAUUCACCACGCAGCCAGACCAGCAUAGAAAAAAUGCAAGUUCAAGCCACAGCUCUCCGCCUCACAGAAGGGACCAAGGAUAGAGCAGAGUCUCUGCCUUCGGCUGAUGAGGAAGUUCCGGAUGAGGAAGCAUUUCAUGCUCAAGAGCUGGGCGGCGUGGAAGAACACAAGUCAGUCAUCCUGCAUCUUCUGUCUCAGCUCAAAUUGGGCAUGGACCUCACAAAGGUGGUGCUGCCAACAUUCAUCCUGGAGCGGCGUUCCCUACUGGAGAUGUUUGCAGACUGCAUGGCUCAUCCUGAUGCUUUUCUCAAAAUUCCAGAGAUAGAGGACCCUGAAGGGAGAAUGCUGGCUGUCCUGGAGUGGUACCUCACCUCGUUCCAUAAUGGCAGACAGAGUUCAGUAGCUAAGAAGCCGUACAACCCAAUCAUUGGCGAGACGUUCCACUGCUCAUGGCACGUGGAUGAAACCAGUUCGGAGGACAAGGCGGGACAGGAGGAGGAGAAGACUGAUGCUGGGGACAAGAAGACGCACCUGACCUACACUGCUGAGCAAGUCUCCCAUCACCCCCCAGUCUCAGCAUUUUACUUUGAGUGUCCGUCCCGGAAAAUGAAGAUGAAUGCCUCUAUAUACACCAAGUCCAAGUUCAUGGGCAUGUCUAUAGGAGUGGUCAUGGUAGGGAAAAUACAUUUACGCCUGGAGUCCCACGAUGAAGACUACGUGUUUGGUUUGCCGAGUGCGUACGCCAGGUCCAUCCUGACAGUGCCAUGGGUGGAGCUGGGGGACAAAGUCCCGAUGGUGUGUGAGAAAAGUGGCUACACUGCUAACAUUGUCUUCCAUACAAAGCCUUUCUAUGGAGGCAAGCUUCACCACACGACUGCUGAGGUAAAGAACGUGAAGACGGGGGAGAUCUGCUGCAAGGUGCAGGGAGAGUGGGACAGCUCGCUGGAAUUUUCCUACUCAAAUGGGACAACAAAAACAGUUGAUGUCUCAACAUUACCGAUAUCUGGGAAGUUUGUUCGUCCUAUAGACCAACAGGGAGAGCAUGAGUCCAGACGAUUGUGGCAGCAUGUGACCAAUGCAUUGAAAACCAAUGACAUUAACACAGCUACAGAACACAAGAGAAUGUUAGAAGAAAUUCAACGAGAGGGUGAACGACAUCGAAAAGACUUGAACAUUGAGUACACGGCUAAGCAUUUCAAGAAAGUCAAUGGCUCUUGGAUCUAUCACUCCCUCCCCGAUAGUUUUGAAGGGGAGCCGAAGAAAUGAGAGGGUGUGUGACAGUGCUGCGAUAAUGUUCCCUGCUGUUGGCGAACGACAGUUUUGUGAUAUUUGGUAUUGGAGGUCUUCCCAUGGCAGUUAGACGCAUGUCUUCUUUGACGGAGAGGCAUUUGAUGUCAUGACCCAUGUUAACUUUGUUACUGAUCAUCAAUUUAUCAUGCUCUACCAGACAACUUUAAACAUUUAUAAAAGAAUAGCAGUUCGGUAUGCGUAUACAAGUUUGUGCUUGUAAAAAUACUCACAUGUAUGAAAUGUCUUUUUUUCUUUUUUGCUUAUUUGAUUCACUGUUGGAAAUUGAUUUGAUUGUUUGACAGCUUGAAACUGGCUUAACCCCGGUUAUGAAAUAAAAAGGUGAUUACUUUGAUAGAUAUAUUCUUCAUUUGACUUUUGAGAUGCUACUUGAGACUCAACAGAUUUUUUUUUAAAUAAACAUUUUACUUGACUGAAGUUAGCUGUACUGUUGUGACAGAGGAGGUUUUGGAGGCAGCAUGAGAGGAAGUAAGGGCAGAGUGUUGUAUGAAUAUGGGCUCAUCUGCGAAAUACUGACAAGAAAAAGAAGUGCUAGGCAGAUGUCUUUUCUUUUUCAUGAUGGUAUCAUUUUCUCUUGCUUCAGCUUGUUGAUUUGACAAAGGUUCAGUUUCUUCUGUAAGCCGAGGAUUUUCAGCUGAUGGGCCACAAGCUCUUACGGGGUUACGCUGCCUUUUUUUUAGGUUGCUGAGAAGAUAGGAAGAAAAAAGGUAAAAGUUCAUUUGGAUUUCCCCUUUCUAAAAAUAUGUUUAAAGUGUCUAUCAUGCAUGACGGCACUGCAACUCAAGUAUGGCCACACAGAGAAUGGUGACUACAUUUUGACUGCUCAGCGUAAGACUCUGUCAAACGUCACUUUUCAUCCUGGUGUAUGGUGGAGUUCUACACCAAGCAGUCAGUGUGUGCAUACUAGGUCAAGUAAGUUCCAAACGGAGGAUAAAAGUUUACUUGUAUGGAAGAAAGAUUAAUGCUCUAGGGUUUUGCAUCAUUAGACACAUCUGGGCUUCGAUUUAUGAUUUCAGAGCUGUGUUGACCCAACACACUUUUGCUACUCGUCUGAGUCUGUUCCCAGGUCAGUAUCAGCAUCUGCGGUGUAAUGAUUGGGCUCGUUGCUAUUCCAGGCAGAAGACUUGAGUUCGAUUCCCAAGUGAGGAAGUGGUUUUAUUGUCUAUUUGUCUCCUAGUAAGCUGAAUCCACUCAGUGUAGAUUGUCCCAGACAGGCAAUGUUGGAGCAUCCCAUCUGCUUAAUGCUCUGAAUGUGUUGAUGGGGGAGUAAGACUUUUACAAUUAAUUAAUCAUAUUUCCGAGCUACAUAUCAGAGACACUCCAUUGCCUCUAAAGCCUGUCAGUUUAUAAGUACAGACACUGUGUUAGUAUUGCUCCUGCCCUUACAUCCCCCUUGUCCUUCAUUCCCUAGUUCACCUAUCAUUACCACAUUGUCAGCCUCUAUGUAAUCUUUUUUUGCAGUUUUGUAUUUUGGUCCUAGAUUUCACUUUUUCUCUUCUUGAUGGCAUGAGGAUUUGGCAUUUUUUAUCUUUUUUUUAAAAAAUCUUAAUCUGGUCAUGAGGCUUUAGACUUGCCUUAUGAAAGUUAUGAGUUUGAGUUUGAUUUACAGGUAAUCAGGGAAGGAUGUUGCAUCUUUUGGAAAGGUUCCUUUUGCAAGGUGCCAUUUCACAAAGCUAGAAGAAAACAAUUGGUAGAGACUGAAUAUAGAGAGCUUAUUGACAUCUUGUACUUACUCUGUUUUUCCAGUUUUUAUGUAAAUCACUUUGAAAGUACUGAAUUCCAGUAACUAAAACAGGAGAAAGUAUGAAAUGAAACCAUCAUUCUAGAGGUCACAGGCAUUAACCAUUUAUAAUUGGGGGCUCAAAUGCGAAAUUUUUUACAGCCUUGCCUGCUGUGACAAAAACUCCCAAAAAUGAGAAAAAUCUGAGUUAAUACGAGAUGGUUCUCAGCUCAUAGUAUGUACAUGUAUACAGAACAUGCUGCAUAAUUAUAUGUUCUUUGGAGGACUGGGUAAGGAAAAUUUAUGAACUUUCUGACUAAGGGAGUAUUGUUCUCACACAUAAGCACUUCCACUGAAGGAAAUAACCAACUGAAUAAGCACUUGAACUUUUAAAAUCCGUUUACUCUAUUUUUCUUUGUUUUCUACUUCACACUAAAUCACCAUUAUUUAGAAUUUGGCUGUUCUGUAAAACAAACAGACUUAACUUCUCUGUGGUGUUGGGACUGUUUGAGAACUUUGUGUGCAUAUAUGGAUUUAAAGCAUAUAUUGGAGAGGCAGUUAGUGUCUGCCUUUGUGUGGAUUGCAUGUUGGAGGUUUCUUUUUGCCCUCCUUCUUUAAGUGGUUGGAAAGUGCCACUGGUAAAUCCUUCUUUUCUUUCAUUCUGUUGUUUCUAUCUGUCUUACAUUUUCCCAGCAUGAAAUGACCUUUGUGACAAUGUGUAGGCCUAUCUCUUUCUCUAGUGUUGACAAGGGCAUUAAACCUAUACGCUUACAAAGGUGCUGUAGUAGGUUUUCCUCUAUGACCUUGUGAGUUGUUGGAGGCAACCACUGUUCAUUUCCACGAUUGUUGUCUCAAUGUGCUUCAUUUUACUCAAACAAACUGUCACGUAGUCUGGACUGACCAGAUGUGUUUAUGGGCAGUUGGAAGGUGCUAUUGGUAUUUUCAACUUCUUUUCUUUCCCUCUGUUGUUCCUGUCUGUUUAUGUUCCUUGCUUUUUUCCCCAUUCUGUUUUCCCCUGCAGUAAAGGACAUUUAAUGUGUCAAUGUGCUUUCUUCACCCAAACAAACCAUAAGUGCUAACCUCCAAAAUACGUGAGAAGAUUGUGACACUGUCACUUGCCUGUAUCAGCGUGGCAAAGGUCAAAGUUAUUUUAAUAUAAAUAUUUUCUCAUAGCUUUUUUUUUUUUUUUUUUUUUUUGUUUCAAUGUAUUCUGUAACUUGUGAGUGUGGCAGUGAGUUCAUAUUGAGACUUCACUCCCAAUACAAAGCAUGAGUUUUAGCUUGCAUUUGAAUGUGCUUAAGUGUGAAUGUGCUUGUGUUUGCGUGUGUCUGUGUGUGUUUGUCAGGGAUGGAGAGAAAGAUCAUGUGAAUGUGUUCAUAUGAUUGUGCAGCUUUAUAUAUUAUGUAAUACGAACUCUUCGGAGCAAAAGUAAAAAUGAAUGACUUUGUUUGUUGGAGAGAAACAGGUGAAUAUUGUAAGAGGUUUGCGGAGUGAGGACAUGGACUGUAAAAAGACGAAAGUCUAGUCUAAGUUUUUAAAAGAGGUUCCUUUUCACAUUGUCAAGGAGAAUGUCUCUUGGGGGCAAAUGAGAAUUCUGUCACCAUUGCACAGAGGUAUUCCAGUAACUCUGCCCUCGUAUUCUUUCUUAAUGUUUUUUUUUCUUCUUCUUCAGAAAGAUGAAGACUGGCGUCUAUAGUGUAGUGAUUAACAUUUUGCCGUUGCACACAGAAGAUAACUUUUCAAUUCCCAUGUGGGAAAGUAUUUUUAUCAAGUAUCUCGUGUAUCUCUCAGCUUGGGUUGACCUUGAUAGGCAGGGUCGAAACAGCUCGCCUGCUAUAUGGUCUUCCGAGUGCUGAUGUGGGGAGUCAAACAUUUACUAGAUUUAUUUUAAAAAAAUACUUUUACAUUGUCUGAAGAAAGAUAUAUGGUGGGGAAUACUCAGCAUCUUUACUCUGACUGUUUUAGGCGUGACUUACAUAUACAUUCUAGUACGCACAUGGCGAAAUCGACGGGACUUGAAAGUCUUUUCAUUAUGUAAAAGUCUCACUGUGUGUUUUUUGAAACAUGGAAAAUGCAUGUUUAAGAAAAAGUUUGAGACUUGAAAAUCUGUUUGCUGUGUGUGUGUUCGCUAUGUAUGCUUGCUAGAUUCUAGAUUGUAGUGUUACUUAUCAUUUUUGUGUGGGUAAAUGAACUAAAACAUUUUCUCCUAAUUUUGUUUUUUCCAUCUUUGAAAGCUGCUGUGGAGACUUGUGUCUUUAGAUGUGACCCUUGUUGUAGUGGAAGGUGCUCUUGUGAGGAUAGUGCUGUGGAGACUUGUGUCUUUAGAUGUGACCCUUGUUGUAGUGGAAGGUGCUCUUGUGAGGAUAGUGCAAUACAACCACAUAGAUACAAUAAUGUGAAGUGUUGGGUGAAAUCAGAUGCUUGUCAAAGAAUGAAAUGGAAGAAAACUUCAUUUUUCCCCUGGUUUGGCAUUUUUUAUCGAAUUUUUCUAUUUUGGCUCAACACCUUUUAUGUCCAUUCCAAAACACAUUUCUGUAUGGAUUUUACUGAAAAACAUUAAAGGCACUAAAAAUGUAACUUACCAGUUUCCAAGGACUCUCAAGCUAUGGAAGUCACCAAACUUUGACGAUCAUUCUUUAGCUCAUUUGACCUCUGGAACUAGGCAACCCCCACCCCCUUCAAUCCGGGAUAUAUAUUUGAAACAUUUUAUUUGACGGGGGGGUUUUUUUUACCACAUGCCCAAAAAUUGACGAUCGCCUGAUUCCACUGCGCUGUAACACUUAUUCUACUCAGAGAAGGUAUAUAACCACCUAUAUCAUCACGGUCAUAACACAAUUGCCUUUGUCUCUUUUAAUUGUUUGUUUUUUAAAUUUCAGGAAAGUUUUAAAAAUAGGACUGACUAAGUUAACCUUAUAACUUGAGCAAGAGAGAAAAAGUCUCAAUAAGUGAAUUUUUAGUACACAAGACAGAAUCCAGGUAUACUGAGGAUAUGAAGCAAGUGGCAGGCUUUUUCUAUGUCGUACCUGUGACUAGAAUCCUGAAACAAAAAAUGACAUUAGCAAAUGUGUUAUGACCGUUUGCUGGUCAUCUCUCAGGAAGCAUUGCUAUCAUUUCCAUGCCAUCAGAGACAUUGUGAAAUCAUGUGAGCCUAGGGGGAGGGGGGGAAGGAUACAUGAUUUUGAAAGGCACUUUAAAACUUUUUAGCAUCACAAUGAGAACACACUCCAGGCUGAACUGAUCAGUACCAGCGUCUAUGGUGUGCAGUGUUUAGGCAUCAUGUCACCCUCACACAGAAGACCCGAGUACAAUUCUCAUGUGUGGAGGGUUUUUAUAAUUGAAUAUAUCUGUCUGUCUUCUAGGACAUUGUUUCCUUCUCAGCCCACUUCCUAAAUUAUCUAAAUUGUGUCAAUGAGAAUGUAAAACAUCUACAAUCACAAAAUAACAAUUGACAAAGAAUUGACCAAUAAUGUACAAUGGUUGAUCCUAGUGUUGUGCUGCUAUAAGUGAAGUGUUUACCAUUGCGUUGGUGACUUCUGUUGUCUUCUCAGCUGAAUUUAAUGAGUGAUAUCUAUUGUAUGCAUAAUUUAAUUGUAUCAUGUUGCUGUGAUCUGGUGAAACAAAGCAAUGAACAAGCUGCAUUUGAAUUGUGAGGAGUUUGAUAUAUUGUUCACAAUAUCGUAUGUCGAAUUUCUGCUGAUUGAAAUAGAAAUGUAUGAUUAUUGCAUUCAAUGUUGUAUAAAAAUCUUGUCAAGAA